AGCGACGGAGGUGCCAACCAACGGGAAAUCCAGGUGCUAUCUGAUCCUAUCGCUUCUCGCUCUCUUUUCCAGCUCUCCUGUAGUUCCCCACCUACCCACCCGGUGUGUAGAGCAGAGCAGGACUGAACGGCAAGCCCAAGCCGACCUUCUCUCCCCGUCCUCCCCAACCACUCACUCCUCAACAGGAGUUGGUGGAGGCUUGCCCGCUUACACACACACACACACGGGGGGGGAGUAAAGGCUUCUCUGCCUAAGCCCCUUCUUUCAAUCGACCCUCUCCUUUAAGGGGGGGGGGACGGAUAGUAAAUUCUACCUCCGCCCGAUCGGUUCCUUUGUGGCCGCUUUCAGCAGGAGCUUUCCGUUUCGCAAAGGCAACACAAAAGCCGCGAGAGGAAGAACAUUCGGGUUACUCUCCCGUGCAAACCCUCCCCCCCCCACCACCAAAACAAACAAAACUUAGCAACUUUCCCGCUCUGCGCCUUUUGAUCGAUUACUUCCCACCUUCUGCCCUGCGAUGAGCGGCAGCCUUCCGGCCCCCAGCUAUGGGGCACGGCGGCGAUCGGUGGCUUCUGGCCGGGAUCCCGCUGGGAAGGAUCGCCCGAGCGGGCAGGCAGAGUGAGAGAGGCGCGCGGAGCAAGAGCGACGGCAGCAGCAGCGGCACCACCAAGGAAGCGGAGGAGGAGGAGGGCAAAAAAGCGGCGAGAGUGGGAAGGGAUUCCCAGGCGCUGUCGGCCCGCAGGCUGCUCCGGCCCGCCAGCCCUGCGCCUCCUCCCCGGGCCGAGAGGCGAGGAGGACCCGGAGGACCCAUGGCCUAACAAGAGCAUCGCCACCAGCCGACUCUCCGGAUGUACAAAGCCCCGUGUCUGGCCGGUCUCUUACAAUACUUACGGUCUUUGAUUUCAUUUAAAAAAAAAACUGGCGGAGAGAGUAAGACGAAGACUCAAACCCUUCGAUGCGUAUUAACCCUUUGUUUUCAACUCCUCCUGAAUUGCUAUUAUUCUCACUUUUUAAAAAAACAUCGCCUCUUUUGCACGCAGCCCUUAAGCCUACUGGUUCAGUUUGGAUUUUUUAAAAAAAAAAAUAUUUGGGGGGGGGCUUUUUUGCAAUUCCCUCCUCUGCAAGGGCGCUGUUUUAAGGAAUUAGUAUCAUUCUGCGCGCCUGCAAGAGAGUUGGAUUUUUUUGGUGGGGUGGGGGAGAGAAGAGGGGGUUGGGUUCAAUCUGGAGAGUUGCGUUUCCUCCCCCCCUGGUGACACGGGGGGGUGAGCCCUCUCGCUAUGGCUGUGAGCAGCGACUGUGCGAGCAGGGUCGGAAGCAAAGACAGCUGGAGCGAGGAGAAAAACUCCGAGGGGGCGGCGGCUGCAGCCGCGACGGUAUCAACAGAGGCAGCCUUAGAAGCCGGUUGCAACGGUUGCUGCUCUUCGGUUGGGCCGGAGGAAGUGGAGAGCCGCCGCCACCGCCAAAACGGGACCGGAGAUUCGAGCGCCGAAGAGGCUUUCGCCAGCGUUUGGAAGCGCUGCAAACUUUCUUGGGCUCUAGGCGCAGGCUUGCUGGCUCUGCUGCUCUGGGCGCUCGGGAUCCGCCUGGUGCGCAGCGCCGGGGACGAGGAAGGCGAAGAGGCGGCCGCCGCCGCUCCAGGCGAAGGGACCCCCAUCCCAGGUGGGAGCUGGCCGGCGAUCCCGGGCUCCUCGCUGUGCUGCUGCUGCCUCCUCCUGGCCGCCUGCUUCUGGCUGGGCUGGGGCUUGCUGCGCGCCGGGGUCCGCCUGCGCACGGCCGCCUCGCUCCUGGCCGCCUGCUGCGGGGGGGAAGCGCUCGCGCAGAUUGGCUUGGCCCGCGGGGAGGACCGCCUGCUCUCCUUCGCCGCCACAGGGGUGGUGCUCGGCUGCCUGACCGGUGGGACAUGGCUGGCGCUGCGGCUCCAGCAGGGCGUCCUCAUGAUCGCCGGGACUAGCGCUCUCCGGCUCGCCUCCCUUGUCUCCCUGGAGAGCGUCAGGGCGCCUUGGAGACCUUACCUGGCUUAUCUGCUCGGCUUGCUGGGCAUCCUUUUGGCAGGCUACGCGCGCCGCGCCGCCGGGAAGCGGGAGGAGGAGGAGAAGGAGGAAGGCAGAGAAGGGACGGCGGGAACGGCUCGAGCUGCUGCCCGGCCGGCCAAGGAAGAGGCGCCGGUUUUUAAGAGGAGGAGGAGGUCCAGUUCUAUGAUCUCCGCCGAGAUGGCUGGCUGUGGCAAUAAGUCCCAUCGCAGGACCUCCUUGCCUUGCAUCCCUCGAGAGCAGAUCAUGGGACAUUCUGAAUGGGAUCACAAGCGAGGACCCAGAGGAUCUCAGUCUUCAGGUACCAGUAUUACAGUUGACAUUGCCAUCAUGGGAGAAGCUCACGGCCUUAUUACAGACCUUCUGGCAGAUCCUUCCUUACCACCCAAUGUCUGCACCUCCCUCCGAGCAGUGAGCAACCUGCUGAACACACAGCUAACCUUCCAAGCUAUCCACAAGCCAAGGGUCAACCCUUUGGCAUCCUUCAACGAGAACUAUACAUGCUCCGACACCGAAGAAUGCUCGGAGAAGGGAGAAAAGCUGACGAUUCCCAAGCGCUUCCGGAAAAGUCUGCCCCCAGGUCUUCUGCGACGAGUAUCGUCCACUUGGACAACAACCACAUCUGCCACUGGUUUACCCACUUUGGAGCCAGCUCCAGUGAGAAGAGACCGUAGCGCUAGCAUAAAACUUUAUGAUACUUCAUCAUCUGGUUCCGAUCCAUGGAACAAUUCCCUCCUGAUGAACAUCACCAAAAGCAGAUCAUUCUCCGCCUCCUAUGCAAUGUCUGCUGCCAACCAUCUGAAUUCCAAAAGGCCCAACCGGCAAGGUAUCCCUCCCAAUAUUUCACCUCUGACCUCCCCAAGCCCUUCACCCAUCCAGGGCACCCCAGCCAGCAGCCCCACCAGCAAGACCUCAAAUGAACAAUUCCCAGAGUCGACAGUCACUGCCACUCAGCAAACUAUGAAGCCCCACAGGGCCUUAGGUUGCACUCAGAGUGCACCUAACCUGCCGGAGCCUGUUGUGGCCACCCCGGUCAUUUGCAGCAGCUGCGGCAGGCCAUACAACCCAGUAGACCCCAGUGAGGAACCGUUGAACAGACGGGAAGGGGGAACGCACUCCUUGAACAGAACAGAUGAUCCAGCACAAGCCACCUCCGAUUACGAAACAAACAACAGUGACAGCAGCGACAUCUUGCAGAACGACGACGAAACGGAUUGCUCCAAGGAGCAGGCACGGACGGGAUCUGUCUGCAGGAUGUAUCAACCAGAGACAAUCAUACUGCAUCCCUUGUUGCCGCCUGAGGACAAGCCUAUUCUUGCCCCAGAGCCUCUAAUAAUGGACAAUUUGGACCCUCUUAUGGAGCAGCUAAACAAUUGGAAUUUCCCAAUCUUUGAUUUGGUAGACAAGAUAGGCAAGAAAUGUGGCCGGAUCCUCAGUCAGGUGUCUUACAGGCUCUUUGAGGACAUGGGGCUAUUUGAAACCUUUAAAAUUCCUGUGAGAGAGUUUAUGAACUAUUUCCAUGCUCUGGAGUGUGGAUACCGAGAAAUACCUUAUCACAACAGGACCCAUGCCACUGAUGUACUCCAUGCUGUUUGGUACCUUUCAACCCAGUCUAUACCAGGCCUCCCAACUGUGAUUAAUGACCAUGGGUCAGCAAGUGAUUCAGAUUCUGAUAGUGGGAUCACUCAUGGCCACUUAGGGUAUGUGUUGUCGAAAACAUAUACCCCAGCAGAUGACAGCUAUGGAUGCUUGGCUGGCAACAUCCCUGCCCUUGAGCUGAUGGCCCUUUAUGUAGCUGCUGCUAUGCAUGAUUAUGAUCACCCAGGAAGAACCAAUGCCUUUUUGGUUGCAACCAGCGCUCCUCAGGCUGUUCUGUAUAACGACCGCUCUGUUUUGGAAAACCAUCAUGCAGCCGCUGCAUGGAACCUCUUCAUGUCCACGCCCGAAUAUAACUUCUUAGUCAACCUUGAUCAUGUGGAAUUCAAGCACUUUCGGUUCCUUGUCAUUGAGGCAAUUUUGGCCACUGAUCUGAAGAAGCACUUUGACUUUGUAGCUAAAUUCAAUGCCAAGGUGAAUGAUGAUGUUGGCAUUGACUGGACGAAUGAGAAUGACCGCUUGCUGGUUUGCCAGAUGUGCAUCAAGCUGGCUGACAUCAAUGGGCCAGCGAAAUGCAAAGACUUGCAUCUGCGAUGGACUGAGGGCAUUGUCAAUGAAUUUUACGAGCAGGGUGACGAGGAAGCCAGCUUAGGCCUCCCUAUCAGCCCUUUCAUGGAUCGCGCUGCUCCGCAGUUGGCAAACCUCCAGGAAUCUUUCAUCUCCCACAUAGUGGGGCCACUGUGCAACUCCUAUGAUUCAGCAGGUCUGAUGCCAGGGAAGUGGAUUGAAGAUAGUGAUGAGUCGGGGGAUACUGACGAACAGGAAGAAGAUACGGCCGACAUGGAAACCUGUGAAAACUCAGAGUCAAGAAAGAAGAGGAGGAAAAUCUACUGCCAAAUAACACAGCACCUACUUGAGAACCAUCAGAUGUGGAAGAAAGUCAUUGGGGAGGAAGAGCGAAAAGCCGGGACAGAAAAGCAGGCUCUGGAGCAACCACUGGUGUUGCACCAAGCCUCUGAAGAAAUUGAGGCUAUCAAAGAGGAAGAAGAGGAAAAAGGGAAGGCCAAAGGGGAAGAGGGAAGCACAGCUGUUGAGACAAGCCAAUGACAAGGAUAGGAAUUUGAGCAGUAUUUGAAGACAAGGAUGACUUGCGUACCAGUUCCUUUUACAAGCCAGCACAACAUUUAGACACAACACUGUAGAAAUACGGGAUAAUGCACCUACAGCUGUUUAAGUUGUUUCUCUUUACUUUUUUAAAUAUAUAUAGAUACACACACACACACAUAUUUUGUUUAAACUCCUCUGCUCAAAGAUGCUUUUACAUUGCAACACCAACUUUUUACAGACAUUUGUACGGGGUGGGGAAUUAUAAAUAUACAGUAUAUAUAUAUAUAUAUAUAUAUAUAUAUAUAUAUAUAUAUAUACACACACACACACACACACUCAUAUACAUAUACUCUCUCUUUUUUUCUUUCUCUCUCUCUCUGUGGGUGUGUAUAUAUAUAUAUAUAUUAGCCAGGGUUUGUCAGCUACAUUUUUCUUCAUUUUUUGUUCAUUUUAUUUUUUUAAGUGAUGACAUAUUAUGGUAACUGUGAUACAAAAGAAAAAAAGAGACGAUGUUUCUAAAUGAGAGGCCUGCUCACAGUGAAGUGAGUUGUAUUGUGAGUACAUUGCCCUUGUUCUUGCUCUCUGUGAUGUGGUGCCAUUGAAAUUAUGAAUGAAAUAUUGAUACAAUCUGCCAACAGGAUGGAUGUGAUGUUGCAUUGGAAACUGAUUGUGGCACUAGAGUAUGUUGAGUCAGCACUUGUGCAUAAGGUCCAACCCCAGAAUGUCACAAAAAUGGCCAGCACCACACAGGGUGUCAUUUUUGUUUGAAAAUGAGAUCUGCGCUUUUUCUUUCGAAGCGUUGGAAAGGCUAUAUUGAAGUACUCCAUUUUUUCUUCUUCUGCACAACUCAGAAUAAUCCAGAUAGGUGUGACCCAGAGCAGCAAAAAAGUUGCUGGCACUUGUCCAUAAUGUCCAAAGGUAUUCUCACUUUUUUGAAACAGAAAGCUCUGGGGAGAAGUAUUUGCAUGGCUCCCUGCAAUACAUCCCUUCAUAAUAAUCACAAAUUUCAUUAUGAAAGAAGAACCAUAUCAACCAUUCUCAUUUUUAUGUUGAGUAACAACUUGAGAUGCUUGGUCAUGGCUUAUUGUAAUUUUUUAAACUGGAAUUUGUGGAACAACCAUCAAAUUUGUCACCUGGGCAUCUACAUAAGUGACAUACAAACUUUCAGUGAAUACAUUCUGCAUUGAUUUGUUUGCUACAAAACCUCUGUGUACUGUACAGCAUUCUGGAGCUGCAUGCACAAUGAGUGCAAAACAUUGGCCAGACCUCAUUGGUAGUGACAGGGAAGCUAUAUUUUGGCGAAGUUUGUCCACCGUUACUGAUCUUCUCAUAGAGGGGUGGGGAGCUUGUGGUCCUCCAGAUGUUGUUGGGACUCCAACUCCCAUCAGCCCCUGCCAGCGUAGCUAAUGAUCAGUGUUGAUGGGAGUUCUAGUCCAACAACAUCUGGAGGGCCAUAGGUUCCCCACUCCUGCCUUAGAGGAACCCAUGACAGAUUUCCAAGAAACUCCACAGUUUGGAAACUACUGAUCCAGAUGCCAGGGUCAACUUCCGGCACUACAGCAUGCAGAAAACAUCUGUGCAAAAGGAGGAAAAAAACUUCUGAGUGGUGGUGUCCUCCUACUCCUCCUUCAAAGUAGGAAUUAACUAUACUGUUGCUUUCCAAUGAAGGUUGUUUCCCAUGUAGCAUUUGAUGUCCAUUGGAAAGGUCAUAUAUAGAGUAAGUUUUAAUUUAACUUCUUCCUUAUAUCUAUGCUUGCAAGACUACAAUAAUCUGGCAACUGUGAUGUAUUAGGUUGUAAGACCCCCCCCCAAAAAAAGAUCUUUAAAGAGGCAUGAUGUGUGUGUGUGUGUAGAAAAUAGCAUCAAGGCCUGAAUGCACAUUUUCACUCUUUAUUUUUCUCUUUUCAUUGUAUUUAUAAGUUCCCUACUGUUGCUAGUGUGAGAUGAUUAUUAUUUUUUAAAAAGGAGGUUCCAUUCCCAGCCUUUAAAUGCAGCAAGAUGAGAGAUGUGGAAUUGUGCAGGAUCUUUUAUGUCAAAAGGCAAGUACCUUUUGCAAUGCUUAAACUGAAGAACAUAGAUGUUUGUCCCCCUUGAUUGUGUGUCUCAGCAGCCAAUGAAAGCGAGGUCGAAGGAUGCUACUGUGCAGCAAGAAGGCUGCAAGGAGGCAUUUUAUUGCUAAUAGGGCUUCUCAGAUCCUCCUUGAUCCAACAUCAGGAUUUUUAUUUACUUCAGGAUUUAGUUUUGCUGUUUUCUUUGUUUGUUUUUUUUAAAAAAAAAACACAUUGAGAAGGUCAGGUCUGCAGGAGAGCCUAUGAUUUCUUUGAUUGCUUAACUGAUUUUAUUUCAAGUGAUUAUCUCCUUGCCUGUGAUUAUUUUUUGCUCAUCUAUAUGUAAAUAUGGAGACACCUUUGGGGUCUUGUAGAUAGUAAGGGGGAAGGGCGGGAUGUUUUUGUACAGAUAAUUUGAAAAACAAAAAGCGGGGGAAAGAAACGAAACCAAUUUUUAAUAAAACAUAGCCAUUCGCUUGUCUGACAAAUAAGAUCUUGCAUAAUUGGUAGUGAGACUUUAACAUUGGUCCUCAGCAUCAGGGUUUACCAAGGAUACUGAAUUUCAGCAUCAGUCCAGCCAAUGAUCACGGCCCAACUGAGCUUCAGUAGUACUGUAUGUUGAGAGGGAUCUGCCUGCAUAUCUGAAGGUGUGCUCAGAAAUCCCCAUGAGUGUGCCAUCCUUGAAACCAGUACCUUAAGUCUCUUGUGUGAUGCUUCAACAGUGGCUGUUUUCACCACCUUCACUUGCCUACUUUUCCCAUUCUUGCUUCUCAGGGGCCUUCAUGUAUCACACCCUGCAUGCAGCAGUGGAAUCCACUCCAGAUUUUAGUCUGAACUUUCAAGGAGCUGCCCCAAGUUCUGCAGCACCUUGGGCAGUUCCUCAAAAGUUUGGAGUAAAACCUGGAGCAGAUGCCGUUGCCUCACUGGCACGGAGCCACCAGCCACCACAGCCUGCAAGACUACAAGCAUCACUCACCCGUACACAAAUUAAAUGUUUGCCAGGGAGACAGAUUUUCAGCAUCAGAGUCUAGUCAUUCAGUGUCCCUGACUUCCUUCAGCUAGGAAAAAGUCUCAAAGGCAAGUGAGAGAGACCUGUGGCCUAGAACUGAUUGGCAAGCUCUUUUCCUUCAGUCAAGAACGUCUCUGAAUUCUUGUAAGUGGUGAAAGUGGACAAAAAAGAGAGAGAGAUUGAAGUGAAUCACACUUUGGGCAUGACCACCUCUUUGCACAUUGUGUUUCCUAAGAGUACAUCUGUGUGGUUUCCCUCCAGGGGUCAUCUCCAAAUGUAAAAUAUAGAUAUAUCGUAUAGAUACACUUGGCAAAGAUCUGGGAUUAGUUGCAGCCAGGACCAACCUAAAACAUUUUGUUGUCAAAGGCAAAUGAUAAGAUGGCACCCUCACCCCACUACAGAAGACAACGUGACUGGCAGUUCAAUCUUACUUGGGCACUGUUGGCGUCCCCCAUCACACCUGAGGACAGCAGGCUAGUUUAGUGGAUACAGCCCUAUUCUUCAGCCGCUUGCCACCCCCUGCCCCUCCCCCAGCAUCUUCCACCUGAGGCGGCUGCAUCUCUUUUUGUCAUGGUAAGGCUGGCCCUGCUUACAGCUUCCUACUGAGUGCACUUUGUGGAAACAGCAGAGUUGUUGUGUGUUGUGUGAAAUGGCCUUUAUUUCAAAGUUUAAGUGUCCCAGAUCUGUAACAUGCCAACAUGAUGGAAUGAUUGCAGAUUCAGCCCUUGCUGUAAUUUUCAGUGCUUUUCUCUGUCCCUGUUUUAAUUGUUAAUUCUUAUCUGUAGACACUUUGCCCUUCAAGGUUUUGGACAUAAGACUUAAAUCUGGCAGUAUUUUUAACAGCUAGUUGGCACUGUUGCAGGAGAGGUUGCUGCUCUGUUUCUCUUUCCCUCAUCCUCUUGUUUCCACAAUUUCUGCAUGCAGAGAAGAUCCUCUUUCCUUUCAGGGCUGGAUGUGUUCCCAUUUUAUCCCUACUUUUCCAGGACUUGUAGGUUUGUUUUAGUUCUUUUUAAUGCAAAUCAGAUUAUCUAGGGAGUCUCUGUAGCUUAUGCCCCAAAGGGACAUGUGCAUGGCUCCCUCCCCUCUGGUAAUUUGGGGAUCAGAUUUCUGAGCAGCGGAGAAGGAUGUCAAAAUAGGGAUGUGGGAGAAAAUUGAUUCAGUUUGCAUUUAAAGGUGACUUUGCCUAAUUCACACUUCUUGAAGCAAUCUGUGAACCAAAACCUGCUCAUCUUUUAAAAUUUGUAAUUCUCUGAAUUUUCCAGUUCAGUUCUCCAAGUAAUUAAUGUGUUCAAAUGCACAUACAAGGUAAAAAGUGCAUAAAAAUGUAUAUAUUCGUGAAAGCAGCAUGCACAAAUACAUUAUAUCAGGGAUAAUUCCUUGCAAAAAUGUGUGUAUCGGGCAAAAUUGCUUUAAAAUUGUGUGUAUUAGGAAAAAUCCACUCUAAAAUGCUGAUGAACUUUCAUGAGGACUUACAACAAAAUAAGACUUUCCAAACCAAUGUGGAAAUGUGGAGAACGGAACUUAAGACUUAAAAAUGAGAAACUGAGAAAAAGUGAAACUGACAGAUUUGUCCAUCCCUCCUCCAGAGCUCCCGUGUCUGCACAGCCCUCCGGUUUGAUGGAGAAGGGUCGGGGGUUAUAGUUGUGUAUAGAUUAAAAUACAAGGUGUGCUCUGAGCUGCUGAUAUUUUGAAAGCAAUUGCAAAAAAUUGCUAACUUCACCAAACAUGGACUUAACAAAAUGCUUGUGGCUACAGGAAUAUUCCUCUUAGCAGUUUUCCCUGAAGCAUGGCAGUGACCACAAUCCAAACUCAAAUAUCAACGAGUUCACAAAAAUUCCAGUUACUAUGCAUGUGGGCUUAUCAUUCUUAGGUUUUUGUUUAUUUGUUUUGCAUGUCCUUUCCAUGUAUCAUGCCAAACGCAUUUCUCAUGGUGGCCAGACCACUGGACCAUAUGUUGAUAAACUCAGAGUGACAACGUCAGGCCUUUUUCAUCAGCCUGCCUUCUUUCCCAAUAAAUAGAGCAACAGUUUGCAUUUUUUUCUUUCUUAAAAGUUUUUCAAAAACCACUCUCUGCUGAAGAGGGAGGGAGACCCUAAAACGACAGCUCGGAGCCGUCAGUAUAGUCACAGUAAUUGCUAUAAUGGGGAGACAUUCCAAAGCAAGGCUCAAAUCUGCAAAAUAUUGUUCAUAAAAAGUACCUCUGCUAGAAAACUAGUGGGACUCCUUAGGUGAGGAAGAGAAUAUUUGGAAGGACAGAGUUAACUUUGGAAUCAGGGAGGAGAAUCAGAGAUAUUCUUGAUUGUCUUUUGUCAACCCUGAUCCUCAGAAAUAGGUCUCUAGUUUGUUUCCAAUUUGCUAACUUAGUUUCUGUAGUGUUAGUGUGGCUGUUGGUCAUUCAUAAAUCUUUAUUAAGGGUAAGGAGUCUCUAAUUAAACUAGGUCAGAAAUGAAGAGCAUAAUUCGAUCCAGACAGUAGAGAGAAUAUAACAGUAGUAAAGGUGAAAUAGUCAUAACAAUAGAACAUCCCAGCUGGAUCAGGCCCAUCUAGUCUAGCAUUCAGUUCUCACCAGAGCUUGGAAAAGUUACUUUUUUUGAACUACAACUCCCAUCAGCCCAAUCCAUUGGCCAUGCCGGCUGUGGCUGAUGGGAGUUGUAGUUUAAGAAAGUAACUUUUCCAAGCUCUGGUUCUCACAGUGGCCAACCAGAUGCCUAUGGAAAGCCCACAAGUAGAACCCAAGUGCAGUAGCCACUUUCUACACUUGUGAUGCCCAGCAACAGGCAUUCAGAGGCAUACUGCCUCCCAACAGUGGAGGAAGAGCAUAGCCAUCAAGGUUAGGAACCACUGAUAGCCAGGAUUAGAUACAUUUACAGAGGACAAGGCUAUGUGAGGAUUUGAACUCAGGUCUCCCAGGUCCUCAUCCAAACCCUAACCACUAUACCACACAGGGAAUGGCACAGUACAGAAUAUUGCACCUCCUACACAGCCCCAAACAUUAUUGGUGUGCUGGACUACCCGGUAACAUCCCCUUAAAGUAUCAAUUUCAGGAAAAAGACUAAUCCUUUGGGAAAUAUUUUUAUGACACACAGGCUUUUUUGUUGUUGUUGGCUGCAAGAAAUAUAAGUGGCUUUAUCCAGAGCCAACUAUGUGUGCCCUUCAUUGUUGGGGUUCCAAUGGGAGAGCUUCCAUAUACGAUGUAACUAGGAACCAAACACCAAAGAAUUGUGCCAUUUCUGGCUGCAGACUGGCCACGUUGCUUGAAAACUUGAGUUUCCCCUAGCUGGCAAGCACGAUCCCAACAUAAUUAGCCUUGAAGUAGAUGGGAUUUCAAACUUCGAUGGUUGAACUGGAAACAUGAGAAGAAGGGGGAAGACCGAAUCACAGUGAUUUCAGGGCAGAGAAUGGGUGUUAAAAUGUCUUCCACCUUACUUAGGCACUGUAUGUCUGUUUUUAACCCUCAGAAAAGUUCCAAAUCAGCAUUAGGCACUGAAUUUGGGAUCUGCUUACUUACAGUUUAGGCAUUAAUCUCUUAGAGGCAGUCUGAAACUGAGCAUCUUUUGUUUUUGUCACUAAAGAUGCACCAACCCCUGUUAGAGAAAAUGUGGACUGGGACAGAAGGAACUGUCACUACAGGAAACACUCAUAGUGGAUUCAUACCAUCAUACAUAAUGAUGGAAGUUAUGACAAGCAGGGCUGGCUCUAUUAUUAGAUGGAGUGAGGUGGCCAACUUAGACAGCAGAUACUGGAGAGCAGCGGUGACACCCCUCUGGCUGUUCCUCCUGAACCCCCCCAGCUGUCCCCUCUAAUGGAAGACAGAGCUGUGAAUGCAACCUGGCCUGUUCUGGACCUCUUAAACUAGCCUGGCGCCUCAGAUGUGGUGGAGAACACUCUCUUGCCAAGAUCGAAGUAAGAUUCAGCUGCCACUGACAGUCCGGUGAGCUUCUGUAAGCAGAAUGGAGAGGGGGUUCCAUGUUGUCCUUUGCUUCAAACAGUAAAAAAGCUUGGGCAGACCUUGAUGAAAAACCAGUGAGGACUCUAUAUUCCAUACACAAAGAGUCACACUUCUGAUUCUAGUCCUCCACCAAAAUAUUAAACUUUCUGUUCACAAUUUUCAGUGUGUUAAACCUUCAUGCUGACAGCCUAUCUGUGCCUGAGACAGAAUGAGAAGUUAGAUUUCUAGACUCCACCAUUUCAAAUUGAGAGUGGCAAAUUGCAUUGAUGAGUGCCCCUCUAUAUAUUUUUUAAAACACCUCCCUGCAUGCAUGAAACUGGUGCUACUGCUAGACUUCUCUCUGACCUGCUAAUUUUCUGCAUGUUAAGAAGGUUUUUUGUUUUGUUUAUGUGAAGGAGCUUUUAAAGAUUUGAAUCCCAGCUUGCGGUAUGAACUGAUACAAUCCAGAGUUCUACUCCCUGGUUCUGAAUAAUGCGGACAUCAGCUCUCAAUAAUACCUAACAGCAUGAUUACCUAUACAGGCAUAGUUCUAUCAAACUAGGGGGAAACUUUAUCAGAAUAAGCUGUCAUUGAAUAGGUGCCCAACUGGUGUAGGAGUUCAGACCCAUUUACUUUUCAUCAAAGAAGUGGUAUUUUAGAAAACUCCAUCAAUAAACAGCUGUUCAUUCAAGGCUUUAAAGAAGAAUCUUUAAAGAUUCUUCUUUAAAGAAUAACACAAAAAGAAUAAUUUUAUUCUUUAAGAACUGCAUGCAAUAACAAAGGUGAACUGAGUUAUUCAAUGAAAGAACCUUCUAAAAUGUAAAACUUAGUGUAGCAAUGCCUUCUAGAGCAGUGGUUCCCAACCUUUAUGAGCACGGGACCCCCUUUAUAAGCUGAAAAAAAAUUGUGACCCCCUCCACCUAGGGAGGCAGGCUGGCUGCCAGGAAGGAAGGAGGGAAGCAGCCUUUCUUUACAGGCUUGCUUCUUUUUGCUUCACAAAAAGCCCUCUCCUCUCAUUCUAAGUAAGGGCGCUGUCAGUAGCGGCAGUGCAAGGAGACGGGAAUCAGUGAUAGUAAUCCCCUCUUCUUCCUGGUAGCUCCACCCUCAGCCUCCUUUGGCAUCUGCCAUGUAUUUUAUAGGCAGAUGCCUGCCCUUAGUGCACCUGAAAGACGCUCUGGUGUUUCAGCAAAAGGCCUCCCCUCUCGUUUGGAGCAAAGGGGAGGUGUCAUCUGCAGCGGCAGUGGAAAGCAGACAGUGUCGAGGGAGUGAAGACUUUUUUUAAAAAAAUUAAUAAAUAAUUCAUUUCUUUACUGUUCACGGCCCCCUCUGGAUUACUUCGUGACCCCCCUGGGGGUCCUGGCCCCCAGGUUGGGAACCACUGGCCUAGAGAAAAACUGUGCCAUUCUCUGAAAUAGAAUUUGGAAUGAAAUCAGAAGCAACAUUUUCUUGAUUACAUUUCUACAGGAGGCAAAAAAAAUGGCAUUGGUGUUGUUCACUACAUGGGACUUGGCUGAACAUGUCAUCAAAUAUUGCCACCUUCCAGACAUUUCUUCAAAAAAAGGCCUAGUGGUUAAGUGACCUCUGUGGGUGGUAUUCAGCACUAGUCCUCCUCAAAGUAGACCCACUGAGAUUAAUGGACAUGACUUAAGUUAACUGAUUUCAGUGGGUAUACUCUGAGUAAGACCUAGCUGAAUACAAUUCUAUUGCUGUUGCAUUAUUAGUGGUUCAUGUUUUUAGGGCCAUGUAUGUGGCAUAGUGGUUAUGGUGUUGGACCACAACCUGGGAGACCAGAGUUUGAAUCCCCACCUAGCCAUGAAGCUCACUGGGUGACCUUGGGCCAGUCACUGCCUCUCAGCCUCAUGAAAACCCUAUUCAUAGGGUCGCCAUAAGUCGGAAUCGACUUGAAGGCAGUACACACACGUAUGUAUCAUUGUAAGUCAGGACGAGGACCCUGUCACCCUCCCGAUGCUGAUGGUUCACAGUUCAAAUUGUUCCUGGGGCUGAUGGGAAAUGGAGUCCAACAACAUUUGGAGGACCACAGCUUCUCUAUCUCUGUAUAAAAUGCUUCAGAAGCUAACCGAUGAACAUAUGAAUCUACCUUUUCUUACAAAUAAGUACUGAAAGGCAGAUACACCUUUUUAAAUAGUAACAACAACAAUAAUAAUCUCAGUAUAAAAGUAAAUAUGAAGGAUCAACUUUGUGGUUUUCCCUCUCUUGACAGGUUGGUGAAUUAAAUUAUAUCAUGAUAGUAGACUAUGGGUGUACCCAAUGGAGUUGAUUAGGAGGUUACGAGAAAAGGAAAUGCUACAUCACACAAUAAAUAAUGUGUGUAAUAGAUUUCAUAUCCUCAGGAAGCAAUGAUGGCCACUAAGGUCAAGGCUCUAAAAGGGGGGGGGAGGAAUAGACAAGUUCAUCAGGAGUAAGUUGAUCAACAUCAAAUUGAACAUGAUAGAUACAUUAAACUUCUAAGACCAGAGGGAGUGGAAUACUUCCAGACACCAGAUGGCAAAGCAACCCUGAAGGGUUGCUGACUUCAUUACCUGUUUUUCCGUUUAUAAGAGGCACCUGACUAGUUAGCAGCCAUUGUUGGGAAAAUCAUGUUGGGCACGAUGGACCUUUGGUUGGAUCCAGUGGAGCUACUUAUGUUAAAUCCAUCUAAGUCUAAGAGUAUUUCCAUAUGGCUCAGUGGCAGAGCACCUGCUUUGCAUGCAGAACGUCCCAGGUUCAAUCCCCAGCAUCUCCAGGUACUUCUAGAAGAGACUUCUACCUGAAACGCUGGAGAGCCACUGCCAGUGAGUGUAGACAGUACCGAGCUGGAUGUACCAAUGGUUUGACUCAGAAUUAGGCUGCUUCUUAUGUUCCUUCCUGUGUUCCUAAUUGUUUCAACAUGGAAUUUGAUCAUACCUGUAAAAUGCCAUGUGGUAAAUGUUUGGCAUGGUAGACAGUGAGCAAGUAUGGCUGAUCACUCCAUUUUGUACAGAACGUAUAGUUUGCCUGUUACUCUUUGAUUGACAGAGGCUGAGGCUGUUAGUUAUGAAGGAAAUGAGGGGGGUAAGACAAUAUUUUUAAAUAAUAGUUUAAAACAGGGAUAGGGAACUUGACACCUGCUGGUUGUUGUUGGGUUCUAAGUCCCAUUAGCCCCAGCCAGCACAGGCAGUGAUUAGAGAAGAUGGGAGCUGAAGCCCAACACCAUCUGGAGGGCCACAAGUUCUGCAUCCCUAGUUUAAAAGGCAUCUUAGGCCUGAACUGUUCUAUCUUACAUCAGUUGUAAUGUUGCAUCUUUCUAGUGUUACUUUGAAGUCAGUGGUCAUAGGUUCGAUUCAUCAUCUCUGUCUUUGUUUACUGCAAUGAAUUAAAAGUUUGCUCUGAGUAUGUGUAUGGAAAGAAGGCAGGUUUUUACCCCCUCAGCUUGGUUAUUUCGUUCAUUAUAUGCAGAAUGUAGAAAUAUCACUAGAGUGUAAGAGAUGGUCCAUCUUCUCGAUCCAGUUAGAGUUGAUAUUUAUCCUGGAGUUAUGAAGACAACCAGUAUUUGUUUUGUUUGUGGAGGGGCUUUUCGAAUGCAUCGUUCCAAGUUAAAGAUCAAAGACUGAGAUUUCACAAUUUUGAGUUAUGCUUUUAGGGACAAAAAAUAAUGCCUUCCUAUUUUUCCAAGUCUAAACCUGAUUUUCUUUACCGUAGGCAUAAAGAAAGUUUGUAGGCAUUAAAAGUUUUUCUUUCCCAUUUCCAUUCUUUUUUUAAAAAAACAACCCUGUAGCCUAGAAGAGGAACCUGUGGCCCUCUAGGUGUUGCUGGACUACAGCUCCCAUCAUACAUGACCAUUAUCCACGAUGACUGGGACUGAUGAGAGUUGGAGUCAUAACAGCGUCUGGAGGGCCAUAGGUUCCCCACUCCUCCUGUAGCUCAUGUAUUGUAUGUUUGCUAACAUUUUUACAAAUGGGGUUCAAGGUACCCUUGAUAUUUUUUGUAAUCUUCCAAUUAUUUUCAUGCUUUGAUCCAGAGUUUCAUGUGCACACAUGACGCUCAGAAUGCAAGGACUGCUCUGUCCAUUUCAUUGACCUUUCCUGAUCAGCCCACAAAUAGAAAACAACAGUGAGUGGAUGCUCUCCUCCGGUGAAAGAAAUGGGGAAGCUCUUGCAGGCAGGUGAGCUCCAUACACAUAUUGGAGCUCCAGCAUCUGUAAUUACUUUGUGGAUCAGAGUGUCUGAGUGUGAGUGGUAGAAGAGUUGCAGCCGCUGUAUUUGGACUCACAUCUCAAGCAUUUGCUUUUUCUAUAUCUCUGGUAAUCAGUCCAAGUGACUCACAUGCUAUUAGUCCUGAUACUACCUGAUCAGCCUCCUGUUUUACUGGAGAGCCAUGUUAAGGGAAGGGGUGGUGUGUGGAAGGCCAGUGUCCCACCCCACCCCCAAAAGGGACCUGCUAGCCAUCUUGUCUCUGUUUGGCAACUGGAAGACCCAGUUAUGACUACUGAGGGGGUCAGAUUUGGCCCAUGGAUUCCCCAGUUGCCAAUUUUGGCUAUACACCAUUUUGUCAUAGGCAUGCCUUUUCAUGUGUGUGAUCCUCAUCCCUUUGCAUGCACCAAGUUCUGUGUACAAUAUCCCAGAGCUUGGAAAAGUUACUUUUUUGAACUACUGCUCCCAUCAGCCUAAUCCAGUGGCCAUGUUGCCUAGGGCUGAUGGGAGUUGUAGUUCAAAAAAGUAACUUUUCCAAGCUCUGCAAUAUCCACACAGGAUGAUACUCAACUGUUUGUUUCCAAGAUAAAAGUGCAUAAUCACACUUUGUCACAAUUUAAAUAUGUUCUGCAGCUACAUCCAGUAGUGAUCAGCUAAUCCUCCAAGGUUAAAAAUGGAACUCCAGGCAACCCUCUGAAAGAUGAAUAUGUACUUGACUGUCAUAAGACUUGAAGCCAGUUCCUUUGUUAGUGCAAAAUUGAUAUUGAAGCAAAUGGAAGUUCUCUCUCUCUCUCUCCCUCGUAAAAGCAAGUCAGUCUCAUUUUUUCCCCCAGGAAAUCAUUUUGCUUCCUAAUGCGCGAGGUGUGGAGCGCCUCCUAUACGCUGUACCUACUGAUGAUGCAUGAGCUCUUUUCUAAUCAGUCUGAGCUUUUGGCAGAUCAUGGUGGUCUUAAAAAAAAAAAGACUCCAUUCUCAAUGUUUCCCUAAAUGGGUGUGUAUUUUUCUUUAUUUUUUAUGAGUCUCUUUGCAGAGUUUAUAUGUGUUAUCUUUCAGAUUUCCUCUAAAGCAAUAGCUCAAGUUAUCUGUUUCUUAAAAGAAAAGAAGAAGAAAACCACAAAAAGAGGGCAUGAUCCAGCCAGAGUUCACCACUUCCGAGACCUAUUCAGUUCCAUGAAUGAUAGUGAAUGUGGUGAUAUGGAAGGUGAUGUUCAACUACACCUGGGGUGGGGAACCUGUGGCCUUCACUCCAAAUGUUGCUGAAUUGCACCUUCCAUCAUCCCUGGCCAUUGGCCAUGCUUGCAGGGGCUUGGGAGUUGUAGUUCAGCAAUAUCCGGAGGGCCAAAUGGUCCCCAUCCCUAAACGAUGCACUCUGCCUCUGCUGCAUGGCUUCCAAGCCUUGUUGCUAUUUCUCUGCGACAAAGUGGAUCUGGGAGGGGGUCGGGAGAAGUGGCAGGUGGAAAGGGCAGCACUUAGCCCUCCCCUUGCCAGUUGCCCUAUCCCAAUUACUUCCCCCCCAAGCAAAUAUUCUGUCACAAACAAGAUCUUGGAUCAUGAGAAUGUAGCUCAGGGGUGGUGAACCUUGGGCCCCGGGGCUAAUUGUGGCCCUACAGUCCUCUCUAUCUGUCCCUCUGGACCAUCCCCACAUUACAUCGCCUUCUCAGCCACACCCCUUUCCCCCCGACCAUGUCCCUUGCUGCUUUACACCAUUCUUUUUGCCUGGCUGAAAUAUCUCCUUGAACUGUGAUCAUGCCUCUUGCUUACCUGGGCAUAGGAUAAAGAGGGAUGUGUGAAUAUUUGUAGAAACUAGCCUACUGUACAAAGGUAAAAUUUGCUCCUCCCACUUUUAUAUCUGGCUCCACCCACCACUGGGCAUGUGACCCUAUCCCCACCCACCCCACAGAAGGAAUGUGGCCUUUGGGCCCGAAGAUGGUUUCCCACCCCUGAGAUAGCUGAAAGGGAGAUGGAAGGAGGAAAGCUAGCAGCCUGGAAGGCCUGUGAAGUUCCUUUCUAAGGCUUCUGUCUUGUACAGACAAAUUUGGGAGUAAGUUCCAUUGAAGUCAAUAGGACUUGCUUCUGAAUGGGACUGUGCUGUCAAUUUCUCAGUGAUUUGGAAGUGAUUUGGCUGAUUCAUACCCAAAGGAAGCAGAACUGCCAACCAAAGUAGGGGGAAGUGCUCAUCAGUAUUUGUACAUGUCCAUUUUAACAUGGUGUUCUUUUCACUAAGUGUACUACAUGCAUUAAUUUAUAUUUAUAUAUUGCCAAUAUUGUUGUAAUAACCAAGCCUCCUUUUUUUUCGUUUUGAACACUUCAAGAACAAGGCCUUGUAUUUUUUUUUUCAGGUGAUGCUCUUUCACGGACCGACUGAAAUCUUUUCUCCUUUCACUGAUAACCUUGCACUUAAGACAUGUAGCAAUACUUAAUAUAUUCCCUUCACGAGUAUUUGUUAAGUGAUUUUUAGUUUAAUGGCUGAUAAAUGUUUUGUACAAAAUAGAUUCUGUACAGGGAAAAAACAAAAACAAAGAGAAAUCUUUUAGAUAAACAUUAUUUAUUUUUACUGUUUUUUGUAAGUUAGACACUAUAAUGAUGCUCCUUUUUUGCCAGAAUUACUGGAAGUGCCUCUUGGUAUAAAUGUAUAAUAGUAAAUAUGUAUUCAGAAUUAUUAGAGAUAACCUGUCACAAAAAAUGAACAAUGUGGAUGUUGCAAUGUGAAG